AUGGAACUGACAUUUCUGGUCGGGAGCUAUGAUCCUAAUGUGAAAAGACCCCGACGAGCGUGUACAACAUGCCGCCACAAAAAGAAACGGUGUUUGCACGGCAGUCACUCCGAUACAAAGGACGUUGAAGGCUCUGCACCAUUGAUUGCCCUCCCCGACCAGGCCGAAGCUAGAGAUGAAAGUCGGCACUUGUCUGAAUCGCAGGGAUUCGGCGAAGAAUCGACCCAAAAUGUUGCAGACGCAUGCGAAAGUCAUGAGCCUCCUCGAUUUGCGUGCGACUCAAAUCCUCUGGUCGCCUUGAUGGACGAUCCUCAAGCGAGACUACUCAAAGGCCAAGUUAGAAAAAGAGGAGAUGUUGGAGCUUGGCUGUAUGAAGAGCAAAGUCAACAUCCAUCAGAAGAAGCGCAUAUGUGUCAGCAGAAUAAACAGUCCUAUCGUGAUCGCGCUCUCCUACCCCCACGAGCAUGUCAAAACGGAUUGCUUGCGAUCUACUUCCGUCGUAUCCAUCCUGUUUUACCAUUCCUUGACGAAGACGAGACACGCUCCCAGUUCAUAAAUGGCACAAUCUCCCCUUUUCUUCUCCAGUCUAUAUGUCUUGCCGCAGCAAAGGAUCGCGACGCGGUAUCUUUCUUAUUCUUGGGCCCAGGAGCGGAGCCUCUGCAGGUCAAGACAUUCGCUCAAAGGAUUUACAAAGAUAUCCUGCGCAAUAUGCCCGGCAGAGAAGCGGGAAAUAGGAUCACAACUAUCCAGAUCCUGAUAUUGCUGUCAUUGCACGAAUGGGGCCCGAAUGGGUCAGAGGACAGCUCAUUAAGCUUGUCUCAAGCUGUUCAUCAUGCACAGACAAUUGGCUUGCACUUACGAAGACCGGAUGGCGAAUCUUCCAUGAAAGCAAAAUCGCUGUUCUGGUGCCUGUGGAGCCUCGAUAGAUGGAAUUCGGCCAUGAAUGGGAGACCGGUCUUGAUUCAUGAUCGGGAUCAUGGCCAGAAAGUGACGGAUGUUCUUUCCCUGUUCAAACCCCCAUUUCGCAUUUGGCUGCUGCUAGCGGAUCAACUUGGUCAUGUUAUUGACUCUUUUCGACCAACGCCGGAUGUGGAUGUUGAUCAGUGUCCCGAUCUUUCUCCAUUUGAAGAUAUUGUGGAGAGCUCUAUGUCAUACGACACAGAACCUGGAAUUUUAGAUUCCCUCGAGCUAUACCAUCAUGCGAUCAUUAUUCUUUCAACCUAUUCAAAUGAACUGCAAAGUCGAAAGAACUCACGAACGUCUAUCAUUCACCAGCGUCAAUCGAUUCUGUCUAUUGCGGCACUUUGUCGCAGAAAGGAAAUUCGGGAUUUGUUACCCCUAUCCGUUUCUGCCUAUACCCUUUCGCUGGCUUUUUCGAUUGCGUACAGACAAUCGCAGACUUCCAAGCUACCAAGUCACCAGCUAUUGGCAAGGGAAAAUUUGACAAUUUUUCAUCAGCGCAUUGGCUCACUUGGCGAAAUAUGGUGGUCAGCAGCAGUGAUGAUGCGCUUAGGCAAGCAUGCAUUGGAUAGCAGCCACCGUCGAACACACCAUGAACGACCAAAUACAUCAGAAGUCAACAAUGAGGCAGCGGUUGAAAUUGCUAAUUCUCUGUUACCAGCCAGUGAAAACUUGGACAUGCCCAAUACUUUUGGCGGUCCAGUAGCCGACUCUCUCAAUCUGGAAAACGUCGACACCACUCAGGCCAACAUCGAUAUCCGGGACGAGACAUUGUCGGCAGAAGAUCCUUCCUCCGAUUUGGAUCAUUUCUUUGAGAGUAAUGAUUUAUUGUCGUUGAAGGAGGGCUCAUUCAGCAUCUAUUUCCAGAAUUUCCUAGACGUGAAUUUUCCCAGCCACUGGGGCGAACAUUCCCUUGGGACUUAUGACAUGUCAGUGUAA